GCCUUCUUCUCCUCCUCCUUCAAUUCUAGUUCCUGUCACCCUCAUCCCUGUUGUUCUUUGUAUUAAAGUUUCAAAUUUAGCGUUCAGAGAAUCUGAUCUGUUAUUUACUUCAUCCCUCUUCCAAGUCAUCUUAAUCUCGAAGUUCAUAUAAAUGCUUAGACUUGCGUGCAAAUUCAGUUAAUUUUUACAGGUGGGAUUCUUUAUUUGAUCCUCGGAAGUUUGGCCCUCCAUUUUAAUGCUCCUGUUGUUGUCCUUUAAUUCCAACUGCUUGAUGUGAAUGCUUCUUUACUUGUUCUCUGCUACAAGUUUUUAACGUGUUGCUUAGCAGUGGUAGUCUAUUAGGCAAUGGCUGUCGAAAUCUGUUCAGAGAGUUCCAGCAUGGGAGCGAGUCCUCGGAUCUCAUUUUCUCAUGAUCUUUCCCAAACAGAGGGAGUUCCCAUUGAGCAGUACAUCCGAACGACUUCAUCUUCAAGUAUUGAUUUUGAUUUUUGCGUAUUUCGCGAAAGCUUUGAUCAAGAAUCUUCUUCAGCUGAUGAACUUUUCUCCGAUGGCAAGAUUCUUCCCAUUGAAAUCAAGAGAAAAUUGGGUCCAAGUUCACCAAGUAAGUCCUCGACAUCAUCAUCAUCAGAGGCAACUCCAACACCAAUAUCAGCACAAACUCCACAGCCUUCAUCAGAUGAUCGUGACAUUGUGGACCCUAUCAAGAGCCCGAAAAGCGAUAAAACUUCAAGCGAAAAAAGAAGGGGUGUUUCAGAAUCAGAUGAAAAACCAAAUGGCAAGUCAUUUUGGCGGUUCAAGCGCAGUUCAAGUUUAAAUUGUGGAAGCGGUUAUGCAAGAAGUUUAUGUCCUCUGCCACUUUUAAACAGAAGUAAUUCGACUGGUUCUACACCAAAUGUGAAGCGCUCAUCAUCAGGAAAGGAUAGUAAUUUAAGCAAUAAGCAGAAUUCAUUGAAGCAGUCGCAGUCUGCAUUAUCUGCCGGUGGAUAUCAGAAGCCUCCACUGAAGAAAAGUUACGGCUCUUAUGGCAAUGGUGUUAAGGUUACUCCAUUCUUAAAUGUUCCUUCGCCGAGUAUGUUUGGUUUAGGUUCUAUUUUCUCCCCUGGCAAGGAUAAGAGCAAGAAAAAGUGACCAUUUUUCUUCAUUUUCCUAAUAAAUUUGUUGAGGGGUAGUUCUUGAUCUCUCUUUCUUUCCCCCUUCUUUUUUUUUUUUUUUUUUUUUUUCUGGUUCUUGAUUUAGUGAUUUCUAGAGUGAAUCAAAAUGUAGUUCUGAUCUAUUAUUGUGGAGAGAAAAAGAAGAGUGGAUAAUUAGGCCAUGCUGUCGGAGAGCCAAAAACAGGUAACAUUUGCUUUCAGGGGAUGUCCCAUUGUGCUUUUAAAUUUGUGCUUUUGGUUUUGCUAGCACAUGCAGUUGUUGCACAUAUUUUAAUCUUUAUUUUAUUUUUUUGCCCCAUACAUCUUUGUAUUCUGGAUCCACGAAGGCUGGCUGAAGACAAAGUAGUUGGUUUUCUUUGCCAGAAUGAUUGAUAUACGUUUAUAAUUAGUACUGCUAUAGUGGUUGAUCAGAGUA